AGUGUCGUGCUCUCCUCGGUAGGGGAGGAAUUGGUUAGGCGGCGGCGGCGGCUGUAGGGGAGCAGCGGCAGUGGUGGCGACGGCGAGGAGGUGUUCGGUUUGCGCAGCGUAGAAACGCCCGCAGCUUCAGAGAAGGAGUUCUUGUGGAACCAAAUUAGGCAUUCUGAACCCACGCCGGCUUAGCUGGGCCGAGUCCAGGCGCUGCCGCACGUACAGUUUUGGUGGCGGUGACAGACACUGCUCUUGACUCUAGGGGCCUAUUAGGCCGACGUCUGAGGCGCAGAUCGCUGGCUCUCGACGCAUUACUCUUUACGCCUUACAUUUCUGUCUUCCUUCCUGGGUCAGUGAUUCCCGGACCCUGGAAGAGAAGAGGGUGGCUAAUGAUUAAGGUGAGGGGAACAGGGGGGAGGGGAUCCAUUGGAGGCCGCGCGUGCGCGCAACGGGGGAGGGGCCGGCCUGGAGGGGAGAAAGAGGAAGGGCUGCGGCCGCGGAAGGCUGGGGUCGGCGACCGGCCGGUUAACUCUGGCUCGGUGGUGACUUAGGGUCUGGGUCUCCGCAGACGAUUUGUGUUUGGGCAAGGCAUUCGUCUACCGACACACCCACAGCCUACAGUGAGGGAGUGUGGGUGAGGGGAUUUCUCUCCCACUUCCGACUGUCCCUAGAGUCUCAGGAUGGGGGCUGAGGACCGAGGCGUGGGAGUGCGAUUUGACAAUGGAGUGAUGAAGGUAACCCGGACCCGGGGAGUUGGAGGGCGCUAAGUCAGCCCUGACGGCUAGGGAGUCGCCUGCUGCUGCUGUGAUCAAGGAAACGUAGUCCGCGGAACAGCUGAAAUACAGACGCGUCAGAUUUUGUAUGGAGUUGGCUUGUUGGUCAUUUAAAAAGAAGCUGAUGUUUUUACUAUUGUCCUUGGAUAAUUUAUCAGAGUCAGUGUCAGUGCUAUAGUGGGAAUAUCUGUUCAGUGCAGCAGAAAUAGAUUUGUUACAACAGUUCUUAAAUAGGUUAUAGUAGAUAGAUCUUUACAGAUGGGUAUUUCUCAACCUAAGUUUUGAUUAUUCAAAAAAUACCAGAAAGUAUGAGGUAUUCAUUUAAUUUGUUCGUGUGUGUAGUGUGGGGUGACUCCAUUGUGUUGUUGUAAGCUUUCCUGUUUCUUGAUUUAUGUGCGGCAUUAAUUUAGAAUUCUCUUGAAUGGUAAGAUGCCAGCUGACAUAGACUACGUUUUGUAGGAUUUCCUGUAGCUUUUGAAUGUGACUUAAUCUAAACUUUAUUUCAUUUGGUAUUUUAUCUGUAAUUUUCUUGUUUUAGGGGCCUCUUGAACUAAAAAGAACAAACUGGGAAAAACAUAAGCUAAGGUUCCAUUUCCUUUCCCAUUUUUGUUGUGUGUGUAUGUGAUGCUUGUAAAUGCUUGAAUGUGAUUUUGAGAUUACCAUACACAAGUUCUGUAACGCUGGACUCAGCUUUAUUACAGUAAAGAUACACCUUUUGAUAGUUUGUUACUAUGUGUAUUUUUGUAAAAAUCUUCAUGUCAAUAUAAGCCACAUUGUGUCACCCUAGUCUGGUUAUAUUUGUGAGGUGAAACAGAUGGAUAAGAAGGAAGCCCUUUUACUUUUACAAUCAUUUUAAAUUGAUUUUUUUUAAAGCCUUGAUUUAUCUUAUUUUGGACACUUUCUUGCCAUUUAACCUUGGACAAAUGACUUUAUCAUCUCUCUCCUGCUCAUUUGUUUGUGACCAAAGAUUCACAAUAGUAUUCUAAGAAUUGGUGAGGGUGUUUAUAAAUCUAAAUAAUAUUUUAGGAAAAAGUAGGAAGAAUGAGUCUCCUUGUUUAUCACGGGUGCUAUAUCAUGUGCAGAUCCUUCUGUCACUUUUUAACUUUUGUUUGGUGUCUGUUGGCCACUUGUUUGCUAGUUAUUUCACCAGACAUAGAACUGGUUUUUAAAGAAAGGUAUAAACAAAGUGACUUCAUUUUGGUGAAAAAUGCAUUACAGCAGAGGUUACACCUUAACGAAUUUCACUUUGGUACUCCAUUUCUACAGAUUAUUGAGAGAGAGCUAUUGUGAUGUUUAAGAGAAAAGCACCUUGCUUGUAUAAAGCUAAGGUGCAGUCAUUUAGCAGAUACUCCUAGUUAUUUUACUUUAAAAUAAAAAAUAUAAAGGAAACUAAUUGAAUCAAACCAUUUAGAUUUUUAGAUGUUUCCUUCUUUUUUUUUUUUGUUAUAGUUUAAAGAGAGGUUUCUGUAUCAUGCUUUACUUGAGGCAUACUUAUGUGCCCUUCUUUUGACUUUUUCUCCCCUUUUGGGCCAAGACUUCAGUAGGAAAUAAAAGAGACCAUCUGAAAAAUGAUAGCAGUUAAAAUAUGUUAUAACUUGACAUUACCGUUCUAUGGGUAACGUUAUCUUAUGAAAUAAUAGAGGGCUAAGGACAGGAGAUCUAGAUUUUAAAUCUAUCUUUGCUUGCUAUACAUUAGAUCUCCGAGUUUAUUGUUAACCCUCCUUGGGCUUCAGGUCUCUCUUUAAAUGAGAAUUGUAGAAUAGAUAACUUUGGUUUUCUUUAGGUCCCAAAUUUAAUGGUUUGUAUAUCUAGUUAGGUUUUUGGUAUUCAUUGUUGUGUUUGUCGUAAUUGAAUCCCCAGAAAGAAAUGCUGUACAAAAAGCAUCAAUUCCCUCAUGAAAUGUGUAUGUGUAAAACCUGUCAUGAAACUGUGGGCCAGGCGUGGUGGCUCACUCCUGUAAUCCCAGCACUUUGGGAGGCCAAGGCGGGCGAAUCACUUGAGGUGACCAGUCUGGCCAAAAUGGUGAAACCCCAUCUCUACUGAAAAUACAAAAAAUUAGCCGAGCUUAGUGGUGUGUGCCUGUAGUCCCAGCUGCCUGGGAAGCUGAGGCAGGAGAAUGGCUUGAACCUCGGAGGCGGAGGUUGCAGUAAGCGGAGAUCGUGCCACUCACUGCACUCCAGCUUGGGCGACAGAGCGAGACUGUUUCUCAAAACAAACAAACAAAAAAACUAUGAUUGUUGUUCCACAUAUUAUUGCUAUUGUUGUCCCAUUGUAGAUAUUAAUUACUGAAGCUUUAAUAGCUUUCAGAUGGUACUAAAAAUGAAAUUUUUUUAUUACUCCUGGUAACAUUUUAAAAAUCAUCUGGAAUAAUUUGUUUUUCUUUCAGAAACCUGUAAUUAUUGUUCAGUAAAAGUCCACAAUUACAUUUGAAUGUCUUAUACCUCUGUUUGUUUCUUUCCUACGUCCUACAGAUUCUUGGUAACAGCUGGCCCAGGUUUCUACAGAUGCUUGGGAUGGAAGAAGUUUGAGUGACCUAUCCUGUGUUUAUCCUCCUUGCCGUAGCUGAGUUGAUCUUUUUGAAACCCUCUUCCCAGACUCUUGGAUUUAUUUAUUUUAUUCCAGUGUGAAUGCAUGUUUUUUCCCCCAUAGAUGGCAGUUCUGGAUUAGCACUUUUAAGGCUUUCCUUAAAGUUUCCCAUGUCUCAAUGGACUCCUGAAUAUAACGAGCUCUACACCUUAAAAGUGGAUAUGAAGAGUGAGAUUCCUUCUGAUGCACCAAAGACACAGGAGAGUCUGAAAGGGAUCCUUUUGCAUCCAGAGCCCAUUGGGGCAGCCAAAAGUUUUCCUGCGGGAGUUGAGAUGAUUAAUAGUAAAGUGGGGAAUGAAUUCUCUCACCUGUGUGAUGAUUCUCAAAAGCAAGAGAAGGACAUGAAUGGUAACCAGCAAGAACAAGAAAAAAGUCUCGUUGUGAGGAAAAAACGCAAAAGCCAGCAGGCUGGCCCUUCGUAUGUGCAGAAUUGUGUUAAAGAAAACCAGGGAAUUUUAGGACUGAGGCAACACCUAGGGAUACCAAGUGAUGAAGAUAAUGAUUCCUCUUUUAGUGAUUGUCUUUCUUCUCCUUCAUCUAGUCUGCAUUUUGGAGAUUCUGAUACUGUGACUUCAGAUGAGGAUAAAGAAGUCUCUGUAAGACAUUCCCAGACCAUUUUGAAUGCUAAAAGUAGAAGCCAUAGUGCACGGUCUCAUAAGUGGCCUCGGACUGAGACAGAAUCUGUAUCGGGAUUGUUAAUGAAAAGACCCUGUUUACAUGGCAGUUCGUUACGGAGACUUCCAUGCAGAAAGAGAUUUGUAAAAAAUAAUUCCUCACAGAGGACACAGAAACAAAAAGAGAGGAUAUUAAUGCAGAGGAAGAAACGAGAAGUGUUAGCUCGAAGAAAAUAUGCCUUGCUACCUAGUUCUAGUAGUUCCAGUGAGAAUGACCUCAGCAGUGAAUCCUCUUCUAGCUCAUCAACUGAAGGAGAAGAAGAUUUGUUUGUUUCUGCCAGUGAAAACCACCAAAACAAUCCAGCUGUUCCCUCAGGAAGUAUUGAUGAAGAUGUUGUGGUGAUAGAAGCUUCCUCCACUCCCCAGGUUACUGCCAAUGAAGAAAUUAAUGUUACCUCAACUGACAGUGAAGUGGAGAUUGUAACAGUUGGAGAAAGCUAUCGGUCUCGUUCAACGCUUGGACACUCCAGAUCUCAUUGGAGCCAGGGUUCAAGUUCUCAUGCAAGUCGGCCACAGGAGCCACGGAACCGCAGUAGGAUUUCUACUGUUAUACAGCCCUUGAGGCAGAAUGCAGCAGAAGUUGUGGACCUUACCGUUGAUGAAGAUGAACCUACUGUAGUACCAACCACUUCUGCAAGAAUGGAAUCACAGGCUACUAGCGCUUCCAUUAACAAUUCAAAUCCAUCUACCUCUGAGCAGGCCUCUGAUACUGCUUCAGCUGUCACCAGUAGCCAACCUUCCACAGUGUCAGAGACUUCAGCUACUCUUACAAGCAAUAGUACCACUGGCACUUCUAUAGGAGAUGACUCAAGGAGAACUACAUCUAGUGCUGUAACGGAAACUGGCCCUCCUGCAAUGCCAAGGUUACCUUCCUGCUGUCCCCAGCACUCACCAUGUGGAGGGUCGUCACAGAACCACCAUGCAUUAGGACAUCCUCAUACAAGUUGCUUUCAGCAGCAUGGUCACCAUUUUCAACAUCAUCACCACCACCACCAUACUCCCCACCCAGCUGUCCCAGUUUCUCCUUCCUUUAGUGAUCCUGCUUGCCCUGUGGAAAGACCUCCACAAGUACAAGCACCUUGUGGAGCAAAUAGUAGUUCUGGUACCAGCUAUCAUGAACAGCAGGCAUUGCCAGUAGACCUGAGCAACAGUGGUAUCAGAAGUCAUGGAAGUGGCAGUUUUCAUGGAGCAUCUGCAUUUGACCCCUGCUGCCCUGUUUCUUCCUCCCGAGCUGCAAUCUUUGGCCAUCAGGCCGCUGCUGCUGCCCCAAGUCAACCUUUAUCAUCAAUAGAUGGCUAUGGAUCAAGCAUGGUUGCGCAGCCGCAGCCCCAGCCCCCUCCACAGCCCUCUCUCUCAUCAUGUCGACAUUACAUGCCACCCCCUUAUGCCUCUUUGACAAGGCCACUUCAUCAUCAAGCUUCUGCCUGCCCGCAUUCUCAUGGAAACCCCCCUCCUCAGACUCAGCCUCCGCCUCAAGUGGAUUAUGUUAUUCCUCAUCCUGUACAUGCUUUCCAUUCUCAAAUAUCUUCUCAUGCAACAUCUCAUCCUGUGGCACCCCCACCACCAACUCACUUAGCCAGUACAGCUGCACCAAUCCCUCAGCAUCUUCCUCCUACACACCAGCCAAUUUCGCACCAUAUUCCAGCCACAGCACCUCCAGCACAGAGACUGCAUCCUCAUGAAGUGAUGCAGAGGAUGGAAGUUCAAAGGAGGAGGAUGAUGCAGCAUCCAACUGGUCUUUUUGUGUUCUGUGUUUCCAGGCGGGCACAUGAACGCCCCCCACCCCAUCCACAUAGGAUGCACCCAAACUAUGGUCAUGGGCAUCAUAUUCAUGUGCCUCAGACUAUGUCCUCACAUCCUCGACAGGCUCCAGAGAGGUCUGCCUGGGAACUGGGAAUUGAAGCUGGAGUGACUGCAGCUACUUAUACACCUGGUGCAUUGCAUCCUCACUUGGCCCAUUAUCACGCACCUCCUCGACUUCAUCACUUACAAUUAGGAGCUCUUCCUUUAAUGGUUCCUGAUAUGGCAGGCUAUCCUCACAUCCGUUACAUUUCAUCAGGAUUGGAUGGAACAUCAUUCAGAGGUCCUUUCAGGGGCAAUUUUGAGGAACUGAUUCAUUUGGAAGAAAGAUUAGGAAAUGUCAAUCGUGGAGCAUCCCAGGGGACAAUUGAAAGAUGUACAUAUCCACAUAAAUACAAAAAGAGGAAACUGCACUGCAAACAAGAUGGGGAAGAAGGGACUGAGGAAGACACAGAGGAAAAAUGUACUAUCUGUUUGUCUAUUUUAGAGGAAGGUGAAGAUGUGAGACGUCUUCCAUGUAUGCACCUUUUCCACCAAGUGUGUGUUGACCAAUGGUUGAUUACCAAUAAGAAGUGCCCCAUAUGCAGAGUGGACAUUGAGGCCCAGCUGCCAAGUGAAAGUUGACACCAUGUUUCAGAACUCUUGCCCUCCCUCUCAUUCCCAUCCUUCCUGGUACUGCAGUCAACCAAAGAUGGCAUGACUUACCUGCGCAGAUUUGGAAGCAUUGAACUUAGAGUGCUGGCUCUGCUAUAUGGUACAACUAAUGCUAGACCUACAGUUUAUGUAUACAGUUGAUUUUGAUGUAUUUAUAAAAGCUUUUUUUUCUAGAUUUGACAUUUUUCUGUAUCAUUUUACUGUAUUUUUGCAUGGUUCCUUGUAUUGCAUUUCUUUGCACAUAUUAUGGGCUUGUGACCCUAAACUUGCAGGCAAGGUUAGCUGCUUUAGUAAGUAGAAUUUUGUGGUCUUUUUGUUUUUUACAUAGUACCAAGCCUUGAUAAUUAUGAAUUUUUUAUCCAUUACUAACCUUUAAUUUAAUCAAUCAUGUACUUUAGUUUAAUGUAUAAAGAUCCUCUAGAAAAUGAUAAUAUUGUGUAUUAAGACAUUCCUUAAUUAGGACAAAAUGGCUGCUGUAUAUUUACUAUAUGGAGUUCUGAGUUAAAUACCAUCCUUAAUACUGGGAACAGAAUACAACCCAUAUAAAUCAGAUGCAGGUGGUAGUCACAUCACCAGAGUGAUCAGUAUAAAUUUUCUUGGUGUAUCCUUUUCCUUUCAACACAGUGCAGAUAAGAGUUGAAUAUUGAUAUCAUACAUUUAGACUGCUGUUCUGAUUGCAUUCAUCUUUUGCCUACAUCAUUUAGAAUUUUAUUUCCCUGAUUCAGUUUUUGCUGCUGUGAAACAGCUCUGAUGAACACUAAAUAUUAAUUUCAAUUAGCUAGAUUGUACAUACUUGCAGAUUUAACAAAAUUUUAGGGAAAUUGAAAAAGACAUGUAGAAUUUGUUGUCUUCUGCUAAGCACGAAAAGUUAAGAUAUCUGCUUACAUUGAUUUUGUAGACACAUUAAGUCAAGAUUUGGAAUUUAAGUCACUGGCAGGUAUCUGUGCAUUCAUAGAACUUAUAAAGGUCCCAGGAUCACUUUUAAGGGAUUUUUAUUAGUUUAAAGAUAAAUAAAGUCAGCUGAAUCUACAUGUCUCUUGUUUUAUUUCUCUCUAAACUUGAAAACAGUAAAUCUGCAGAUACUGUGAGGCACAAAUUAUACUGUCAACCUACUGUUGCUAUGGUUAUAUACUCCCACUUCAUACAUUACCAAGAGUCGAUCACUGAUUUAAAAUUUUUAAUUUCUAUAGUUAAGAUUUACUGCAUAAUAUAGAAUAUAAAGUUAAGUUAACAUACUAACAUUUCUCCUUUGGAGGAAGUUUUAAUCUACUUCAGGAUGCAUAUUAUUAUCAAGAUACUUUCAUAUACAGGAUAGCCUAAUUUUAUUUGUUUAAAUAUGCUUAAUAUGCCCCAGAUUGCAAAUGCAUCUAGUCAGUAAUAUCACUGUCUGUAUGUGGAGGACAUGUUCCCAUGGAUCAUAUGUGAAGAUGUCAAUAAGCUUGCAUUAAGCCACCUGCUUUGUAAGUGGAUUGAUUAAUAAAUAACUUAUAUUUCUAUUGUC